AAACACUAGCAAAUAGCGAAAAAAAAAAAAAAAAUCAGAUUUUUUUUAUAAACGAUUCAAAAGAGUCAGCACGCACGAACUCAGUCCUGGUCCGAGAUGGAGCUGACUCAACGCGACCCGAGUUCUAAACCGCUCCGACCCGACGAACCAGAGCUCGACCUCUACACCAUUCCAAGCCAAUCUAGUUGGUUUUUGUGGGACGAAAUCCACGAUAUUGAGAGAACUGAACUGAGAGAUUUCUUUGAUGGAAGCUCAUUUACAAGGACCCCAAAAGUAUACAGGGAAUACAGGGACUUUAUCAUCAAUAAGUACAGAGAAGAGCCUACGAGGCGGCUUACUUUCACGGAUGUCCGGAAAUCACUGGUGGGUGAUAUUAGUUUGCUACACAAGGUGUUUAAGUUCUUAGAGAAGUGGGGGUUGAUAAAUUUCAGUGCUAAUUUGGGUAAUAGUAAUAAUGUUAGUAGUAGUAGUAGUAGUAGUUUGGUUGUGGUGGAGGAUGAGGAGGAUAAGGCUAGGGUUAAGGUUGAGGGAACUAUCCCGAAUGCAGUUCGGGUAGGGGCAUCACCAAAUUCGCCAAAGCCUAUUUCAGCGCCCCCGGUUGUGGGGGAUAGUAGUGGGGAUGCGGUUGAGAGUGGAUUUAAAUUGCCACCGUUGGCAUCGUAUUCGGAUGUUUUUGGUGAUUUGGUGAAGCAGAAAGGGUUGGUCUGUGGGAAUUGUGGUGGCAAUUGUGAUUCUGGUCACUAUAAAUAUACCAAGGGCGAAUUCAUUAUUUGCAUAAACUGUUUCAAAAAUCAAAAUUAUGGGGAGAACAGGUCUAUGGAUGAAUUCAAACAAAUUGGGCAUGCUGAAAACAGUAGUAAUCAAGGAGCUAUGUGGACUGAGGCAGAAACCCUACUUCUUUUAGAAUCAGUUAUGAAGCAUGGGGAUGACUGGGAGCUUGUUGCUCAAAAUUUUCAAAACAAAAGCAAGCUUGAUUGUAUAGCAAAACUCAUUGAACUGCCUUUUGGAGAGCUUAUGUUGGGUUCUUCCCACAGAUAUGGUAAUUUUGGUGGCCUCAAUGGCAACAAGAAUGGUGCAAAUCAAAUUCAGUUAUCGUCAUCUGAACUUCAUGAAAGUCUCAAAACAGAAGGUCAAUCUCAUGAACAGAUAAAUGAAAAAGAGCAGAAUGGAGAUGCUGUGGACGAAGGUCCUCCUUCAAAGAAACAGUGCAUCACUUCCCUUUCAGAUGCAGGUGGUUCACUUAUGAAACAGGUAGCUCUCAUCUCAACCAUGGUUGGUCCAGAAAUCACUGCUGCUGCAGCUGAGGCUGCUGUUACAGCACUUUGUGAUGAAAACUCAUUACCAAGAGAGACUUUUGACGUUGAUGAGGAUUAUACUUCUAAUGGGAUAUGUUCUCCCACUACAAGUUUCGAGCAAGAGAGAGUCCUUCAGGAUGAAGAUUCUAAGCUGAUGGAAAGGUCCACUCAAUCAGAAACUCAGGAUACAUCCCUAAAGAGGGAUGAUAUACCCCUAACUGUGCGAAUUAGAGCUUCCAUUGGAACAGCUCUUGGUGCAGCUGCUGCCCGUUCUAAAUUAUUAGCUGAUCAGGAAGACAGAGAGAUUGAAAACUUAGUCGCAAUCAUAAUGGAGACACAGAUGAAAAAAUUGCACCAGAAAAUCAAGCAUUUUGAUGAUCUAGAGCUGAUAAUGGAGAAGGAAUAUACUGAAAUUGAAGAUCUAAAAGAUUCUCUUUUAGCCGAGCGGAUUGAAGUCUUACAAAGGGCAGUUAAUGCUGGUAUCUGUAGAUGGAGGGAUCACUUUGCUGUAAAAUCUUAAGUCUGGUAGUUUAUCUAUGUGGAAAUUUUUAGUUCGCAUCACCUAGGAGGAGAAGAAAAGAUGAGAUCCAAGAUGAAUCUGAAGGAUAUCGAUUUAUCCUUUUAUGGUUAGUUCUUUUGGUCUAGCUGAAAUUGCUUGUACUGCCAAUUGUAGUUAGGCAUACAAUUAGGGCUGUUGAACACUGAUCUUGUAACCAUUAGACAUUAGUUUCAUUUCACCUCUUUAGAAACGCCCAUAGCCCAAAAUUCAUUACUAUUUUUGUAUUCUUCUUCAACCCUUCUCAAUCUGAAGGUGUCGCCUUGAUUUUACAUUUUAAGCGUUUAACAUUUUCAUUAUCAUGAAUUUGUUUUACACAAUUCCUUUAUCAA